CGUGGCUUGGCGUCGAAUACCGACAUUCUAUCAACGCGUUAGGUCGCGUCCGCUCAUGCUCUUCCAUCUCGCAGGCCCAACCCUUCGCCACCCCACGCAAUUCCCUAGCCUGCCAUGGGUUGUGGUGCCUGCACACAAGGCAGUCUCUAUGGCCGAAAUGCCUCUUACCAGCCAUAACAACGACCAUAACCCGCCGAGCUUUGGUCUACCCAUUGCUGCCCCCGUCUUGGAAUACAUCUGCCUGUUUACCCACGAUCUGAAACGCAAGCAGAAGCGCUGGCAAGAUGGUCGACUCAAAUUCCACACGUUCAACAAGCGAAUAAUGGUGUACGAUGAGAAAGGGAACUUCAUCGGAGACAUGCAUUGGCGCGAGGACAUGGAAUUCGGAGAAGGCGAAGAACUCAACCUGGAGCGAGGUGCCGUUAUAGUUCAGGUUGCCGAGUGCGUCGGCAGCAAGGACCAGGAUCUCACCGCCCUUCUCGACAAGAGAGCCAGGGAAGUUGAGCAGAGACAUGCUCGCUCUUCUGCCGCCACCGCGGAUUUGCCUCUUCCUACUACGCGACUGUCUGCCGUAUCCCAGAACCAUCCCCAGGCCCAGUUCAGACAACGUCACCUUGCCGACGUUUUCAACACUCCCCGCGGGCCACAGGGAAGGGCUUCCAUACCCACGACCUCCCCCUACGAUGAACGCAUCGCGGCACAGCAGACCUCCAGCCCCCAGGAUGAGAAUCAGAGACCUGCAAAGAGGAGGAAGAGAGAUCUUUCACCGCCAAGCAAGUCCGGUUACGCACAAAAUUUAUUUGGCGCAACUUUGAACCUCUCAUCUUGGACGGCCAGUGCUCCGGUGCGAAACCAACCUGCGAAUACGUCUAGAAAUAGUUCCCCGCCACUCGAGACAAUACCGAACCUGCUCGUUCCUUGCAGAAAUGGCAGACCAUCGAGGCCGCGAACUUCCACGAUUGUUGACCUGACAGACGACGGCCCAGUCUCAACAGAAAACUCCAAACCCUCGCCAGCCGUCGAUCGGGAGGACUCCGCCAGUGAUGCAACGGAGGCGCCAGCGAAGCGACCUUGUCUGGUACCAAAGCCGUUCAAAUCACCAAGUGUUGGUAUCCCAAGUAGUUACCCAACCCAGAAGGAAAUCCAGCCUAAUCCUGAAACCCGAAACCUCUCACAGUUAUGUGGUCAGCAGCCUCAGGAGUAUGCCGAAAGUUCAGGGAAUAUAGCUGCCAACCGCGGCAUCCGAGAACUUCGCAACAACAAAUGCAAACCAGCUUUGCAUCAACCAGGUACUCAACCUAGCAACAGUAUGCUUCACAGGUCUGCCCCUUGUCUACUAGAAGGACCUCCCGAAGCCGUUUGCGGGGACGUAGAAAAUGCAGCCUUGAAACCAGCGACAGAAGAGCCCUUAUCAAGAUUAGCCGUAGAUGCAGGUCCGGAGGAACCAAAGACGAAGCUCCGUAUCAAGGCCAGGCAAAAACGCGGACUAUUGAUGAUCGCAAAGAGGCCCACAACGAAGAUUCUGACGACGCAGACGAACCCGCUGGAGACCCGAAUGGAGGCGCCCUCCGAGGGGAAACGACAUACAACGAGAGGUGCUUCGCCAGAUUGUAGCCAAAACGCGAGAUCGAUUUCUCCAGUUGGCAUGUUGCCUCACUUUAUUGACGGCAAUGUCAAACGCGAUACUUUGAGACUCGCUCCAACCCAAUAGUUGAAACCCCAGCUCAGUCCGAACCCGAACCCGGACCCGAACCCGCUGA